AUGGACAAUGAAGUACACAGCCCUGGUGUAAAUGAGAGCUUCCCAGAUGAAAAAUUGAUGAUGAUCCAAGAAGCCUCAUGGUUCGCAGACAUAGCCAACUUCAAGGCCAUUGGAGAGUUACCUUCCAACAUCAAGAAGCACUUGAGAAGGAAGCUCAUCAAUGAUGCCAAGCAUUACAUUUGGGAUGAGCUCUACCUCUUCAAGAAGUGUGCUGAUGGAAUUCUGAAAAGAUGCGUCUCUCAUGAGGAAGGACAAGAUGUUCUUUGGCAUUGCCAUGGAUCUACUUAUGGAGGGCACUUUAAUGGAGAAAGGACUACAUCCAAGGCCAUAGCAACCUCAACAAAUGACAACAAAGUAGUGAUCAAUUUCUUGAAAAAGAAUAUAUUUAGCCGGUUUAAGGUUCCAAGAGCUCUUAAAAGUGAUGGGGAAACUCACUUUUGCAACAAGCAACUAGAGACACUCCUCCUCAAAUAUGGUGUUAAGCACAAGGUAGCCACCCCAUACCAUCCACAAACCAAUGGUCAAGCUAAAAUUUCAAAUAGAGAGCUCAAGAGAAUCCUUGAGAAGACUAUUGGGAACUUAAGAAAAGAUUGGUCCAGAAAGUUGGAUGAUGCUUUAUGGGCCUAUAGAACAGCUUUUAAGACACCUAUUGGCAUGUCUCCAUACCAAUUGUUGUUUGAAAAAGCUUGUCAUUUACCAAUGGAGCUUAAACAUAGAGCAUUUUGGGCUCUAAAGAUGUUAAACUUUGAUACUCAAGCUGUUGGGGAAAGAAGGUUACUGCAACUCAAUGAGUUAAAAGAAUUCAAAACUCAAGCUUAUGAAAAUUCCAAGAUUUACAAAGAGAAAACAAAGAAAUGGCAUGAUCAAAAGCUGGCAAGAAGAGAGUUUGUAGAAGGCCAAAAUGUGCUAUUAUACAACUCAAGGCUCAAAUUUUUCCCAGGAAAGCUGAAAUCAAGAUGGUGA